AACUCAUAAAGUAACAAAAAAUUGAAUUACAUAAAUUUUCGAUAUAAAUUUACGAUGAUUACACGUAAAAUUCUUAAAAAUCUCUCAAUUAAGAGCAAAACAGGUCAAUUAUGGUAUUCGACAAAGUUGUCAAAGAAGAAAGAACCUGAAUUUCCGAAGAAAAUAUUUUCGGGUGUUCAACCAACAGGAGCUCUUCAUAUCGGCAAUUACUUUGGAGCGAUAAAACGAUGGGUUGAUUUGCAAAAUUCAGGAGAAAAUGUAACAUAUUCUGUUGUAGAUCUGCACAGCAUUACAUUGCCUCAAGAUCCAAAAGUGCUUCGAGAUAAUACAAUGAAAUUGACGGCAACUUUACUUGCAUGCGGAAUCGAUCCGAAAAAGGCGACGUUGUUUUUACAAUCUUCCGUACCUCAACACACAGAGCUUUCAUGGAUUUUGGGAUGUUUAACGACAAUGACUCGAUUAACACAUUUACCGCAGUACAAAGAAAAGUCAGCAACUCUGAAGGAAAUUCCAUUAGGACUUUUUAUGUAUCCCGUAUUGCAAGCUGCUGACAUCAUGUUGUAUAAAGCAAGUCACGUUCCUGUUGGCGAAGAUCAAGUUCAGCAUUUGCAACUUGCAAUGCAUUUGGCAAAAAUAUUCAACAACAAAUACGGAUUUACAUUUCCGCAAUGUCAACCAAUUAUUGCUGAUGAUCCAAGUGCUCGUCUAAAGUCAUUGCGAGAUCCAACGAAAAAAAUGUCAAAAUCUGAUUCAGAUCCUAAAAGUUGCAUUUAUCUCACAGACUCUCCGAAAGAAAUUUUAAAUAAAAUUAAGAAAGCUGUCACAGAUUGCACGUCAGAAGUCGCUUUCGAUCCGAUAAACAGAUCAGGCGUGGCAAAUUUGAUCACAAUUCACAGUUUAGCGAGCAAUUUAAGUCCCGAAGAGAUUUGUGAGAGCGCAAAAGAAAUAGAUACGGGAAAAUACAAACCUAAAGUUGCUGAAGCUCUUAUUGAACAUUUGAAUCCAAUAAGGGAGAAAAUUGAAGAUUAUCUGAAACAUCCGGAAUAUUUAGAACAAGUCCUUUCAGAAGGAGGCGAAAGAGCAUCAAAUUUUGCCGAAGAAACGUUAAGCGAAGUUAAAGAAAAAAUUGGAAUUGCUAACUUGAAUUUAACGAAAAGUAGAAUUAGCUUAAAAAAUGUUUGUUAAAUAAAUUUCAA